AGACCAAUCACGCGCGUUCUUCGGCCAUGUGACGCGUGCCUCUGAUCACGUGACCAGGUCCGCUACCCACGUGGGGGCUCAGCGUGCAUCCUUCUUUGUGCUCGGGUUAGGAGGAGCUAGGCUGCCAUCGGACCGGUGCAGAUACGGGGUUGCUCUUUUGCUCAUAAGAGGGGCUUCGCUGGCAGUCUGAAGGGCAAGCUUGAGUCAGGACCCUUAAUUAAGAUCCUCAAUUGGCUGGAGGGCAGAUCUCGCGAGUAGGGCAACGCGGUAAAAAUACUGCUUUGGUGGGCGACGCGGUACAGGUGCCGAAGAGCGUUCGUUACGGGAAUGCCGAAGCGUGGGAAAAAGGGAGCGGUGGCAGAAGACGGGGAUGAGCUCAAGACAGAGCCAGAGCCCAAGAAGAGUAAGACGGCCGCAAAGAAAAAUGACAAGGAGGCAGCAGGAGAGGGCCCAGCCCUGUAUGAGGACCCCCCCGAUCAGAAAACCUCACCCAGUGGCAAACCUGCCACACUCAAGAUCUGCUCUUGGAACGUGGAUGGGCUUCGAGCCUGGAUUAAGAAGAAAGGAUUAGAUUGGGUAAAGGAAGAAGCCCCAGAUAUACUGUGCCUUCAAGAGACCAAAUGUUCAGAGAACAAACUACCAGCUGAACUUCAAGAGCUGCCUGGACUCUCUCAUCAAUACUGGUCCGCUCCUUCGGACAAGGAAGGAUACAGUGGCGUGGGCCUACUUUCCCGCCAUUGCCCACUCAAAGUUUCUUAUGGCAUAGGCGAGGAGGAGCAUGAUCAGGAAGGCCGGGUGAUUGUGGCUGAAUUUGACUCGUUUGUGCUGGUAACAACGUAUGUACCUAAUGCAGGCCGGGGUCUGGUACGACUGGAGUACCGGCAGCGCUGGGAUGAAGCCUUUCGCAAGUUCCUGAAGGGCUUGGCUUCCCGAAAGCCCCUUGUGCUGUGUGGAGACCUCAAUGUGGCACAUGAAGAAAUUGACCUUCGCAACCCCAAGGGAAACAAAAAGAAUGCUGGCUUCACGCCACAAGAGCGCCAAGGCUUUGGGGAAUUACUGCAGGCUGUGCCACUGGCUGAUAGCUUUAGGCACCUCUACCCCAACACACCCUAUGCCUACACCUUUUGGACUUACAUGAUGAAUGCUCGAUCCAAGAAUGUUGGUUGGCGCCUUGAUUACUUUUUGUUGUCCCACUCUCUGUUACCUGCAUUGUGUGAUAGCAAGAUCCGUUCCAAGGCCCUCGGCAGUGAUCACUGUCCUAUCACCCUAUACCUAGCACUGUGACACCACCCCUAAAUCACUUUGAGCCUGGGAAAUAAGCUCUCUCAACUACCAUUCCUUCUUUAAACACUCUUCGGAGAAAUCUGCAUUGUAUUUCUCAUCUAUAAAAAUAAGAAUCCUCCAACCAGGCUCCUGUGACAGACUUAGAGUUCUUUUAAGCCCAAGAGUUUUUAUUUGAGGGUUUUUUCUUUUUUAAGAAAAAUUGAACAAAGACUACUAAUGAGUUUGUUUGAAUUAUCCACACGAAAAUAAAGAGCCAUAGUUUCAGC